AUGAUUGAGGUUGUUUGCAACGACUGUUUGGGGAAGAAGGUCCACGUUAAAUGCAACACCAAUGACACUAUUGGGGACCUUAAGAAGGUGAUUGCAGCCCAAACUGGCACCCGUUGGAACAAGAUUGUCCUUGAGAAGUGGUACACGAUUUUUAAGAACCACAUGUCUCUAGGGGACUAUGAAAUCCAUAAUGGGAUGAACUUGGAGCUUUAUUACCAAUAGAGCAGACUUC